AUGUCUCUGAGUGGCUAUUCUCAAUCUGCUUUUGCUGGCCUGGACAGCUCAGAUGAUGAGGAAAGUGCCAACACUCAGACCCCAAGUGUGUCAUCCAGGGCCCAGCCUGGUCUUGAAGAGGCCCUCAGAACUGCACAGCUCCAGCUUGAUGUUGAAAAGACCCGCAAUCAGGAACUGAAAGAGAAGAACAUGGUUCUAGAUGCUAACAAGCCACAGCAUUCAAAGAAGAACAUCCUACCAGAGCUACUAGCAUAUGAUAGCAAGAUUCAGAUGCUGGUGAAGAAGUAUGGUGUCACUACAGAACUUUUCUUCCCUUGCACACUGACAACAAAUGUGAUAUCCCAACCAUCUCCAGUAUCUGUGCCAUCUUUCUCAACCACUGACCACUAUGCCACUGCUCUUACUGAAGAAUUCUGUCUUGUUGCAGAGCUGGAUGCAAUCCUUCCAGACCACUUGUGCCAUGUCCAAAAUUUGAAUUCUUUUCAUGAUCUGUUCACACAAGGAAUGCAGUCUGGUGCAGAGCAAAUAUUUGGCCUCCUGAAGGCAAAUCUCAUACCCAACUUCCCUUGUCUUGAAGUUCCAGAGAUUGUCAAGAUGCUUGGAGUGAAAGAUGUGGGGACUAUUUUGAAGGCAGCAUUAUGGGGCAAGGCAUUGCUUGCCAAGGGUUUCAUGCAAUGCAGUGGACCAAAAACAAAUGGGCGGAAAUGGCAAGUCACUGCAGUCAUGCCAGGGUCAAUUGCUGGGGCUGCCACUAUUUGUAUGUUCCUACUUUCCCCAGAUACUGAAUUUCUGGGAAAUGGCAUUGGACACAUGUCCAAGGUUGAUUAUUACAAUGUAUUCUGUGCCUACAAGUGCAUCCUCAUUGUGAAGUGGACUGACACACACAUCCAGAGGGUUAUUAGUGAAAUGAAUGCCUUCAUCUUUGGAAAGCUGGGAAUGGUCUCUGCCCAAUCUGCAACUGGUGUGAUUGAAGACCUCUUGGCUGAAAUUGAUGCUGCAGCACUGACCUCAGAGGACAACAAUGACAAUGAACUGACUGAUAUUGGACCACCUGCAGAUCCAUUUCCCAACCCUCCACCAACAACCACACCACCACCCAAUGACAAUUUGACAACACUACCUCACUGCACUGCAGACAGACCACCUAUCAAUAAUGCUACUGAGUCCAUCAGUACCAAUGCACCUAAGUCUUGUAGGGGGAGGGGCAGUAGACAUAGACAGGUCAAGUAG